UGUAUCAAGAUCCCCCCUCCCCCCCACACACACACACACAGAGGAACGAAAAAUUGUUUGAAAGACAGUGCCAGAGAAUGAGUGGCAUAGACCUGCACAAAAAGGAGGAAAGGCAAAAGCUCCACUACAAGAUGCUUGGCGACCUUCAAAACAUGGCUAGAGUACUUCCAGGAAAAUAUCAACAGCGUCUGCCAUAUGACUUACUGUCUUCACUUGCAAGCUCAAUGCUUGAUGGAACAGUUUUUGACAUUGUGAAGUCACUAGAGGAAGUACAGCACCUGGAAGAGAAGGCACUCUACACACAACGCCUUCGGCUUAUCAAUGAGCACAAGGCACAGCGACAUGAAAUGCAGAAAAAACACAAGGAGCUGUUGCUGCAGAAUCAAAAUAAACCACACAACCUCCCACUAGUUCAGGCCCAAGUGGAACGUGAAAUGAAGACUCUAGAAAAACGUUGUGAAGAUGAACUGCGACGGCGGGAUGUGAAAAUCAUGCAAGAGCUGGAUAAGAAGGUUAUGGAUCAACAGGGUCUCUUGGAAAAGGCUGGUGUUCCAGGAUUUUUUGUCACUAAUGUCCGUCAUGAAAUUCAGCUCCAAAUGUACCUGUUGGACUUUAUUUGCCGCCUUGCAAUAACUCAUUCCUCAAAAGCUUGCUAGCAGACCUUAUUAUCUGAAUGCUAGCCACUUUCCUUUUCUCAAUCUCUAUGUACAUAAUUAUGCUUAAAUUAAAAGUAACUUCAGGUAUUAUGUUCUCAUAGGGUUUUUUUUUAUGUGUGAACAUGUUGCCUGGGUAUUUCUUUGACAAAAAUCUGCUCGUAUUCUUGGUUUGCUACAUAGGUACAUAAUAGUUAGCAAUCUGGAUAAAAUAAUAAUAAUGUGAGCUUUUAAAGUGCGGUAUCCCAG